AUGGGUCGUCAUUUUGGAAGUCUUGGAAUAAAAGUGAAUGGACUGAUAUAUUAUUCUCUCUCCCCGCACGAGCAAAGAGCAUUUGCUGGCUACCUGACUAAAACAAUCCCAAACACACUGAGAAGGAUCAAGGAAUCCAUCCUUCCUGUCAUCCUUCCUUCAUUUGCAACGUACGUUCUUUAUGAUUGGGCAGAGAAGGAGAAUGUCAGGAGAGCCAGAAAGAACCCCAAGGACUUUGAAAAUGAUGUUUAA